AUGGAACCAAACGGGAUCACUAAAGGAGCGUUGCCGCCCGUGCCUGCACCAACGCCUACGCCUGCGCCUGUGUCUGCGCCAGUGCCUGUAUCAGCACCGCCACCAGCAACUGUACCUGUCCUCCCCGACAAUAUGAACGCUAUGGUCCCACUUGGCGCUGUUAUUCAUCGUAUGACCAACGAUGCAUUUGCAGAGCUGUCCAACCUGUCAGAAACUGACACGGACAGGAAGAUCGAACUUUUGAAGUACACCCUUUCAAAGCGAGAACAGUUUAUCAAGCUGCUGGUGCUGACAAAGUGGGGAAAGAAUGCAAGAAAGUUUCAGCAAUGUCAGAACAUUGUCGGAUUUCUACAUCAUGAGAACGAACUCUUCACUCGAGCAGUUGGAGGACUCUUUGAGACAUACAAGAUGUUUGGGAGGGCUCGCGUUCGGAACUUUGAUAUCCCAACAGCCAUUGAUGUUUUGACAACCGGAUCAUACCAACGACUUCCUUCCCGGAUCAAACAAGCGUACGUCGAGGACGACAAGCCUACCAGGUCCGAGAUCGCAGCGACCUUGGAGAAACUGGAUGAUGUCAUUCGGAUGAGACUCUUGUGCGACGAAUUAGUGCCGCCUGCCAUGAAGUACACCGUUGGCAAAGGAAAGGCCAAGUUUGUCGUGACGAACGAGUUUGAGGUAACGCUCACAGUCUUGGGACCAGGAUCUCCCAAAGACGUUCCCUGGCGGAUUGUGGGUCUGAAGAUCCUAGCCAAGCCUGUUGGAGGAUCGUUCCAUGGUUUGGAGACAUCCUUGACUGAUGGACAAAUGCGAGCUAUCAUUAUGUUUGCCCAGAAGGCGCUGGAAUCCGUCACCACGGCAAAUGCGCCCCAUCACCCUGCCCUCCCAGCUUCUGAAGCUGUCUCUUUGCCAGCCAACCAAGCUCUUCUGAGACUCUACGACUAUCUGCACAAUCUUUCGCUGCACCUACUUAUUGAGCUCGUGUGCACCCAGCAGCAACCUGCCGCCCCACCAUCAAAACGCCGCGCCUCAACAACAGCAGCUGGCCAGGGCAAAGAUACCGCUCAGUCUUUGGCUGCUCAGCAGGAACAUUAUCUGGAGAUUAGAAUCGAGGAACGUCAAGGACCAACAGAACCCAUACCAGAAGGCCUGGCUGGUGCUCUAGUCGAUCCAAAACUCCUUGGCUAUCCCAAAGCUUACAUCAAGGUGGUCUGGAGUCAAGUCGCCAAAGGGAUCGUUCCAGAAAGCCAGGUUACCUCCAUUCUGGAGUUGGACCCCUCUCAACUUCACGUUGAGCGGCUACUUCUGAAGGCAGUCAACAUGCACACAGGACAAGUCAUGCAAGGAUUCUAUGAUCGCCUUUGGAAAUAUAUCGAAAGCAUUAAGGACAAGCGGGAAACGAUGGAAGGAACCCACUUUUCCAAGGAUGAUGUUAAGUUGGAGGCACUGGAUACCGGCGAGCAGCAGAACUCUGCAGUUGGUACAGCAGGCUUACCUGGACCUCGCGCACUACUGGUUCGUCUGAAAGGUGAUCGCUGGAUCCGAAUCCGGAUUGAUGUCAGGACAGGGAGAGUCGUCGUGCGAGAAGUUGGCAAGACUGGUGAAGGAGAUGACUCAAUCAUUGCCGCAUUCCAAGCACGUCUGAACGAGAACGCAAACAACAUUGUGGAUGCUCUCAUUUCAUUGCGAUUCUCUAUGACCAUUGUCGAACUGGAAUCAAUCGGCAUUUUGCUUGGUCUCCAACCUUAUCGACGAUUAGCUCUCGGGAAGCAGGAUGCGGCGCAGUUUGGCGCCAACAUUCAACAAAUCCUAUUUCUGCAGUACCCGCAGCAUCCACAUCACUAUCUUGUCGUUGGCGUCAUUGAGCAAAAGUUCCGUGUAUGGCUGAUCGAAGUUGCUCCCACUGACAAGGAGGUCGCGGGAAUUUGGCUCACCUUGAAAUCGUUUGAGCCUGUGUACUUGCAAGGACUGAAGCGACGAAGGAGAGAGAUUGAUGAGGGCAACUCAUACAAUGUCGCGCUCUCGAAGCGGAAAUCUGUCCAAUUUGACCUUGAGGACGAUGGCGCUAGCGACGCCCCGUCUGUGGAAGAGAUGACCAUUGACCAGGAUGUGAUGACCAAACUGGAAGCACUUUGUCGAGUCCGCAUUUGUCUCAAUGAGACGAAGAAUCAGCUCCAGCAACUCGGCAUUCAGUACCGACCAACAGUACACACCUCAAAGGACAAUGGCUCGUCCGUCAGCGACUCGAAUAUGUUACCUAUACUCCGUCUGGACCAAAACUCGAUAUCAAGUGGAGCAGCAGAUGACAUGUUCGAAUUUGUGGGCGCCAAGUUGACAGGAUGGUGGGACAGCCAAAGAGAAACCUGUAAUUUUGAGGUCAAAGCAAAGUUUGUCCCGAACGUCAUUCCAACCAACAUGGAGGGUGGAACUCUUGGAACAUUCGUUCGGCAGUUUCAACAAGACUGGGAGACGAUUAUCCGGAUGCUCAAGAUCAUUCGCCAGCUUCAUGCACCGACCCUCACCAACCCACACAUCAAACUCCAACUGUGUCAUUUACACGGUGUCCAGCUUCAAUACUUCAAACGCUACACCAUCAGCAUCAGAUGGGCCCCUGCAGUCACGUCUGAAAAACGAUCGUCCUCAGGAGUCGUGAUCCCAUGCGCUCCUCGCUUCCAGCAAGGUCUCUAUGAGAUUGAUCUCUCUGAGUUAUCAUCUGAGAAAGGACGACAUGUGAAUCCCCACCGCAGAAUGAAGUACUUCCUACAGGACAUGUUCAAUCGCGAGGCCGACCUUCACAGUCUUAUGAACACAAUGGUCCAAACGUGCUCGGUCCUGGAAGUAUUGGAUAGGUUGGAGAAUUCGGUGAAGGAGGACUCUAUGGGAGUCAAGGUGUUAUCGAUCGUGCCUCGUGCGGUUCACCACAUCCGUGUGAUUUACGGAUCAAGAUACGCCUUGGACAUUCGCGCUUUCAGUCGAACCCACCUUUCUAUGCAUGAUGCCUCGUUUCCCGGAGAAUCAUACGGGUCGAGUCUUCCCCCCCCUCCAGCCCCAGCUCUUGCACCGGCCUUGCUCGCCACUCCAGGACGCACAUUUUCGACAACGACAAAAGGCCACCUGCAUUAUGGAGCCAUCAACAACCUUCAAGGAAUUAUUGAAGGCAUUGACGUCGACAAGGAAGAUGAUGAGUUUAACAACUUACAACGAUCUAUUGAGACGGCCACAAGUCUCGCACCAGCCUCCCCUAAUAACCCUAAUCCCCACGCUCCAUCCAGCAUCACCCUCCUCAAACAACAACAGCUGCAGCAGCAACAACAACAGCAACAACAGCUGCAGCAACAGCUGCAGGAGGGUGCCAUCACAACACGCGCAGCAGACACUGAACAGAACGAUGAACCAUACGAUGUUAUGCCUCUUCCGAACGGAGUUGUCUGCUCCAGAAGCGCGAGUGGCCGCGUCUUCUAUCGGAUUGCCAAACUUAUGGAAAGUCUUGUCUGA